AUGGUUGCUGCGCCGGUCGAGCUGACUUCAACCUCCGUCUGCAUUUCACAGUCACAGCACGCUAGGACAUCACCAGCUCAGCAGGGACACAGGCUCCUGGCACGCCCUGUAGACCGUUGUCAGCCAACCCGAGCCCAGUGGUUUCGCCAGCUUGCCGGUCUCUUUCUGGGCACAGUGCUUGCCCAGCCAAACAGGGCAAGAGCUGCGAAACAACAAGAGAAACCCAAAAAGGUCGCUUUGAUAACAGGUGCAUCUACAGGAAUAGGCAAAGCCACAGCAGAGCAGCUGUGUCGCAGUGGGAUGUAUUCCACAGUCCUGCUGGCAGGGCACAAUGAGGCAAAGACCGAAGCGACGAUCCAGGAGCUUUCACCACUUUCUUCAACAAAGCUGGAAUUUCUGCCGCUGGAGUUAGCUUCGUUUCAAUCUGUACGGGAAGCCGUCAAGGAAUUUCAGCAAAUGCAACUGCCUUUACACACGCUCGUCUGCAACGCGGCGGUGAUGGCCUUGCCAGAGAGGCAGGUCUCCUCUGAUGGCAACGAGCUCCAACUGGAGGUGAACUACCUGAGCCAUUUCUUGCUUGUCAACCUGCUGAUACCGCAGCUAGCAGCCACUGGUGUCGAUGGGGACCCUGCAAGGAUCAUCAAUGUGUCUUCAUCCGCGCACUUUGUGCGAAGUCCGCUGGCAUUUGGUGACCUCACCGACCUGAACCUAUCAGGGGGAGAAGGAGAUGGAGGUUUCCUCUUGGUGAUUCUGUAG